ACAGUAGACAUCUCCAGAGCAGAUGGCGAACAUGGCAGGAUGUCAGCGGGCACGGUCAGAGCAGCGGUGGAAAAGGAAAUGCGCACGAUGGAGAGUCACGGGAACUGGCGAUGCCGGGCGGUCACUGCGGACCACGCCACCCAGAGCCGCAUCAGGAUCGCGUGUAGAGACGAAGACGAGCACGAGCUUGUCAAGAAAGCAGCAGAGAAGAUCGGUGCAGGCUCGCGCGUGUUACGCGAUGAGCUCUUCCCAGUCAAUGUCGACAACGUGAAGAGAACUGCAGUGCUAAACGAGAAGGACGAAAUCAGGGCAGGAGCCACAGAAGCUUUCGGCGGAGAGAACGGAACGACAGUUGCCAAGAUCGCGUGGCUAAGUAAGAGGGAUGUCCCGAAGGCGUAUGGGUCUAUGGUAGUGUACGUGACUAAGAAGAGCGAUGCAAGGAGGCUUGUCGCAGAAGGCUACUUCCACGCUGGUGGAGAGUCUGGCACGACGAGCGCUUUCGAACACCGGCCACGGCCCGGGCAAUGCUACAACUGCCAGGAGCUCGGCCACAAAGCGUAUCAGUGCAGAAAGACGCAGAGAUGCGGGCGAUGCGCCAAAGACGGUCACCACCACAAGAGCUGCAGCGAAACAGUGAUGAAGUGUGUGCUGUGUGGAGGACCGCACGAGUCGUUCAGCAGAAACUGUCGGAUGCUCUACCCACCUUAG